AUGUCCGCCCCUGGAGCUGGUCACGAAUUUCCUGCCCAAGAGGUUUCUUGGCAGAAGCGCGAUGUUCUGCUGUUCGCGAACAGCAUCGGCGCCAAGGCCGACGAGCUACACUUCCUCUACGAAUUACACCCGAACUUUGCUGUCUUCCCCACCUACCCCUUGAUUCUACCCUUCAAGCUCACCGACCAGGAGGUGACCGAUUUCUAUGCGCGCCAGAAGGCUGUAAAGAUCCCUGGCGUUCCCGACUUGGAUCACCGCCGCGGAGUCGAUGGACAACGCAAGAUCACAGUCUUGAAGCCACUGCCCCCUACGAGUGCCGGAAGGAAGUUCCAGCUGCGCAAUAAGGUCAUCGGCGUCUACGACAAGGGGAAGCCCGGCACCGUCAUGGAGACCGAGCAAUCGAUCGUUGACGCCGAGACCGGUGAGGUGUACUCCAAGGUCGUGAGCAGUGGCUUCUUGGUUGGCCAGGGUGGCUGGGGCGGCCCUAAGGGCCCUGCUACGGUGAACUUCCCCCCUCCCGAGGGUAAGAAGCCCGAUGCCGUCCAUGUCGUACAGACCAACUUGGAAACUGCCCACCUGUACCGUCUGAAUGGCGACUAUAACCCUCUGCACGCCGACCCCGUGCCCGGUCAGAAGAUGGGCUUCGGCGGCACUAUCAUCCACGGCCUAUUUAGCUGGAACUCCGCUGCCCACGGAAUCUUGCGGGAGCUUGGUGGCAGCAACGCUGAGAAUCUCAAGGAGUUCCAAGCUCGGUUCGCGUCUCCCGUUCGCCCGGGUGACAAGCUCACCACUGAGAUCUGGCGCACGGGCGAUGUACAGGCUGAUGGCUUCGAGGAAAUUCGCUUCGUCACCAAGAACCAGACUGGUAAGGCUGUUUUGAGCAACGGUCGGGCACUGGUGAAGGUUACUGGAGCGAAGAGCAAGCUGUAA